AUGGCAGUCAUAAAAAAAUUCUUAAUCAGCCGGCAAACAAUUAUCGGACAUCAUCCAUCGAAAUGGAAAUCAAUUUACUUCCACAUUCCAAAACAAUCAAGUUCGCACAAUUCUGGACCAUGGAUAUUACAUUUAGCAAAAUGUAUAUCAUUCAACAAUACCAACAUCCAACACAAUUACAUGCCGGUAAUCAGGAAAACACAAUAUAAAGAAUUAUUAAUGAUGGACCAAAUCAUAAUCAACGCCGUUGAAGUAUUCAAGACCCCUCCCACAGUAACCACCAAUGACACGGUUCAAUAA